AUGCGUUUCACGAGCGUAUCCGUCAUCGUGGCACCAAUACUCGCUGCUACUUGCUGUUUCGCGGUCAAGUGCUCGACGACGGAACCUGCAACCGAUGAGGAUCAACUUGAAGCCCUGCAAGACUUCACGCAUUCCUUCCUCGUGAACAGGAACAUCCAGGUGGGCUUCGACGACUGGAUCCCCGGGACUUAUAUUAACCACAGCCCGAACGCGGAAUCGGGGCGCGAGAGCGCCGUCAGGGUGCUCAUACCCUUCGUCAGCAAUCCAGACCUCUGGAUCACAGUCGCCCAAGUUUUCGCCGGGCAGGGAUUCGGUCUCCUCCAUGACCGCGCCAUGAUCACCAACCAACUCGACAUAGCCAUAAUGGAUCUCUUCCGCUUCAACGGGACUUGCAUCAUGGAGCAUUGGGACGUUGGGCAGACGAUUACGGGGGGGGAGCCGAACCCUAUUGCGUUCUUCUAG